AUGGAUCUCCUCUCGACGAUCCGAAAGACCGGUUCCAGAGGUGGCGUCAACUUCAGCUGGGACGAAGUCGCCAACUCCAACCAUCGCGAAAACUACCUCGGCCACAGUCUCAAAGCCCCUGUUGGCAGAUGGGCAAAGGGGAGAGACCUGAACUGGUACGCAAAGUCUGAGGCCACCGCGGCGUCAUCCAAUGAGACAGACGAGGAGCGCCAAGACCGAGAACAAAAGGAAGAAUUGCGCAAGAUUAAAGAGGCGGAAGAAGACGCAAUGGCGCAAGCACUAGGGCUGCCGCCUCCGGUCAGAAAC